AUGCUUAGCCAUGUCGGAACCACUACGACUACGGAGACACUCAUGUUCGUACAGACGACGUAUCCCAGCACCCCCACGUCGCCUACCAAAGACUUCGCCGUCUUGGUCUCACCACUUUUAGCAAUAGCUUCUGGUUUGUCCGUAACACUAGGUGCCGACGCUACAACACGAACGACGAGUUUGGCAGAUCCUAGAGUAACCCGAACUGCACAAAUAAUACCAGCCAAACUCUCUGUGCGCAAGGAAUUACUCAUCAUCUCCCCAUUGGCGGUCUUUCUUAGUGAAGGCAUCCUUCCAUACCUGUUGAUGUCUACUGUGAUCGUCUAUGUGCAGCGUGGUCGCUUUAAACUGCCGGCCAGAGACACCGACACCUAUGCCAGCGUGCUUGGAUUUGUCUACGCUAGCACAAAGCUACAAAAGUGGGCAAAGCAGCAGGAGGAUAUGGACACCCUCAACACAAAAAGUGACCAUAAAAUCGAAGACCGAAGAGUAGAUGAUGUCAAAAGACAAAUGAGAUCGAGCAAAGGAGCUGAGGCCCUUAUUGGCAUGGGAUUCUUUACCGGUGAAGAUGCAGCCAUUUCGUUGUCGUUAACCCUCUUCGGCUACACUAGAUACGGCGUUUACUCUGUGCUAGACCGUGACACUUAUCUUGCUGAUAGGCUCAUUAGGUCCCUGAAGUAG